AUCAUCAGAUUUUAUUUAUAAAUAUUUGUUUUCAAUUUGUUUUGUUGAUGAAUUUUCAAUCAUUUGAUAAAAAGUUUAAUCUGCCACCUAUUUAUUGUAAUGAUAAUUAUUUAAAAAUCAAUUUUUCAUUGAUUAAUACAAAACAAUGGCUGAAGAAUGUGAAGAAAAUUUUGAAAUCGAUGCAAAACAAAAUCGUUAUCCAUAUUGUAUUGUUUGGACACCAAUACCGCUUAUAACCUGGUUAAUACCAUUGAUUGGUCAUAUGGGUAUCGCCACAUCACGUGGCAUAAUACGUGAUUUUGCCGGCCCUUAUUUUGUCGCCGAAGGUAAUAUGGCAUUCGGAAAUCCAACUAAAUAUUGGCAAUUAGAUCCAAAUCUAGCCGAAAAUGGUACAAAUGGCUGGGAUGAAGGUGUUGACAAAGCAUCCAAAAUUUAUUGCAAAAGAAUGCAUUAUCUUUGUUGGGACAAUUGUCAUUCACAUGUCGGAACAGCAUUGAAUUUGAUGAGUUAUAAUGGUGAAUCGAAUCAUAAUAUGGUCAAAACGUUUUUCUGUUUUACUUAUAAUUGUAAAUAUAUAAGUUUUUAUGCUUUUCUCAAAACCUGGUUACCGUUCUUUAUUAUGAUGGCAAUUAUCGUUUCAUUGUCACUGUUUUCAAAUAUGGCACAUAAAUAAACUAUACAUUGGCCUUAUCCAUUUUUGAUUGAUGUGAUUUUUUGGAAUCGAUUCGAACAAUAUUCAUUGGUUAAUUCAACAA